AUGUCAGAUACAACGUCCAGAUCCUCGACUCCGCUGAGGAUCAACUCCCCUGAAAGUUAUGAGUCUGCCGCGCUAGAAAUCGAACAGGAGAAGCAAAUGGUCAAGGCCUUGAAGAGGCUUUCCAUGGGUAACAUGAUGGAUCACGAUCCUGACUUUCCAAUGGAAGACCCCGAGCUUCUUCUCAUGAACGAGAAGGAAAGAAACGACGACUCCACCGCUUCCCUAGAUACCCUUUCACUUUCCAAAUCUGCAUCUCCCGAGUCGUCUGACUCUCAUAGUCCUCCGUUGGAUGAGCAUGACACUUCUUUGUCCCCCUCCAAGGCUCCUUCUUCAGGACCCACUUCUCAUUAUGUUACUCCAGAGGACUCCAUCGACUCUGACACUCUGUCGGUGAACCAUGAAAAUGUCCUUUGGGUUCCGGCAAAUAUGCAUCCAGAGGUGAACCCUCAACAAUUCAAACAGCAUGUUAAGGUCACCAUUGACGAUCUAUUAGAGCGAAAGCUCACGCGGUCGAAAUCGAACCGUUCAAAACGUUCAUCAUUAUCUCUCUCUACAAAUGAUGACUCGCAUAUCGACGAUAGUCAGGACACUUCUCAGAAUGAUACUCUGUCUCAGCAGAGCCAAAACAAUAGGUACAGCAACCCGUCACUUUUAGAGCUCAGCAAUGAGCUCGAGACACUUUCGCGUCUAGCGGGUAUGGACUCGGACGACGCUGUCACCCUAGCACGUUCCUUAUCUACUCACUCCCUUGGUUAUACCGAUGUGGAAAAAGCUGCAAUCGACGAAUUGGGUUCACCUCACGUCCACACUGGUGCCAACCAGGCAGAGAUAUUGGAUUUUGGCAUGGACAAGACUCCAACAAAAUCUUUCCCCGGACAGUCUCCUACUCCUAGAUCUCCGAAGUAUCAACAACAUCCAGCGGGCCAGCACCGUUACCAGGACAGUCCGCAUGGCUCGCCCCAAGCUAGACAACACCAGAGGUUUCCAUCUGGAGAACAACGGACAUCCCCAUCGCUUAACGAGUCCCAAUUUGCAUUGAAACGGAGCAGGAGAAUGAAUUAUAGAAAGCCACACACGUCCACACCCACUCAUUUGGGAUCGCAGUUGCAGAAUAAAAAGGCUGGUAAUUUAGCUGAACUUAGGCACAACCUCAAUUCCUCAGCGAUGCCCAUGUCAUAUCCUGUUGAACCAGAAAGGCUUCCUAAAAAUUCAAUGAGUCGCCAGAGCAUGCAGAGUAUUAAUCCUAGAAGCUCGCAGGUACUUUUUAAUUACAAGGGCCCCUCAAGACUGCUGAGCCAUACUAAGCUCCCAGCAUCAGCGCCACCCAAUUCAGUGCCACCACCACCAUUACCUGGCAGGAGAGCACUGGGACCGACUAUGGGCCAGCCCGUGAAGGAGACCCCCUAUGGACCUGCUGCUCCCUCUCAGGAUCAUCGCAUGAACUAUGGUCACCGCAGUCUUAGCGCUCAGAAUCUUAUGCAACAACAUCCACAGCAGCCUCAUAAGUCCCGUGGUCUCUCUUCUCGUCCACUGCGCGAGAAUCUCCAGCAUAAUCUCAUUAAUUCGAAUGUUGGCUCUCAGGGUUAUCCAGCUAGUGCUUCUCCGUCCGGACCCUUUAGACCGAGCCAAAGAAAGCCUUCGUCUACUACUCAGACGCGCUACGACUAUGGUCAUCAGCCAGUCGAAAGACGCAAUACCUCACCACAGCAGGGUUCUCAUCCUGCCUUUCAGAAUCAUGAUGACCAUAAGAAGCACUAUCCUCAAGCACAAGCGUACUCUCCUCAGCCUUCUCAUAAUCAAUGGCCACCAAUGCGGAACGGGAAUUUACAACAACAAAGGAAGCAGCAUCAUCCUGAUUUUGACAAAGGAGAUAAUGUCAAACCCAUCGCUUCUCGCCCUACGCCAAGGCUUAACCGUGAUGCCAAACUUGACAAGACAUCUCAGCUUAAUGAGAACUUAGAUAUGUUGAGGAACGAAAUCAAUGAGUUUAAGGAAAGUUUAUCACAUCCUGAAAAGAUGAAGGAUAAGACCAGAGAACCCAAGGCAUUACCUGUGCAAAGUGAGGAUUCCGUUACAACUCCUCCAGAGGAAGUGCCUGAAAUUAGCUUUGAUAAUUCGUCGGCUGAUGUGAGUUACGAAGAUACUCUAGGAUUAGAACGUGAUUUACUCAAACAAGUCAAAGAUGAUGUCAACACGAGCACGCCUAUAGCUAGCCCUGAGAAGCAGACGAAACAUACCUUCAUCAGUCCAAUUAGCGCCGACAAGAGCGAAAUCAAAAGAAGUGUCAAAGAAGCUGAUAGAGUGGAUGAAGAGGAGGCACCAGUCAAGCAGGAUGUGGAAGCCAAUGAUACCCGGAUAGCUAGGGGGGUUGAUGAAGAAAAGACGCCCAAGAAAGAACCUGAUGCUUUUCAGCCAGAAGCUGCCCCUACCUCUCAGACUGUCAAGCCUGAGGCAGUCAAGCCCAUUGCUACGGAGCCCGAAGUUGUCCAGAAACAAGAACGUUUUGACAAUGUCAAGGAACCUUCAACCAGCGGACCCAUAAAGAAGGACUCUUCUGCAGAGCAAAAAGCAUCCGAGCAGGAAAAACAGCGAUUAAGAAAAGUUUCAUCAGCAAGCGUCGUAUCCGAUGAUAUCACAGACACUUCAGCAAAGUCCGUGGAACUGAAUGAUGUCGAUUUGAGUAAGGCCGAGUUGUCGCCAACGAUGCCAGCAGUGGAAGAUAUGAAGAAAUUGAAGAAGAAGAAAUCUUUUGGUUCGCUCACAGGUGGUGACAAGAAGAAGAACAAGAAAGGAUGGCUUUGGUCGAAAGGACGAUCCGUUAGUGCUCAGAAUAUACCUGACAUGGCUACCCCACUGAAGCCGUCUAGAUCAGUUUCGUCUCCUGAUAUCCAGUCUAAUAAGCGUGAUCACAAGGUGGCGAUGGACCACAAGGAGCCAAAGGAAAAUGUUCUUUCUAAGUUCUUCAAGAAGAAGCGGAGUAAUUCAGUUGAAAGUCUGGACCUGUACCAUCAAAAACACGAGGCACCUGCCAUCGAAGAGAAGGAGCAGAAAACCAUCAAAAGAAUAAGCUCAGCGAUAUUCAAGACUUCCAAAGAUGAUGAUAGCCGCAGCAUUUCCUCGAGAGAAGGUAAGGAGCAUAGUAGUGAUGAAGCAAGACCUGAACAAAAGGAUGAACCCGAGGACCAUUCAAGCAAAUCAAAAUUGAUGAAUAAGAUGAAGGGCAAAAAGCACAGUGAAGAGAAGGAAAGGGCGGCUGUUGAGACAGUGGAGGUCGAAGAAACAAUCGAGGAGGCGUCUGAGGGCGAGCAGGAAGAAGAGAAACCACAAACGACGCUCGAAGUUCAAGAAAAGAUCAAGAAGCUGAUCAAGAGGACCUCUAAAGCAAACCAGCCGUUGGAGUAUACUGAUUCUGCUUUUGGGUUCCCGCUUCCACCGCCAUCAGAGUCAACUUUGGUUAUGUUGGACUACAGAUUCCCUGUUCAUGUUGAAAGAGCCAUCUACAGGCUUUCACAUCUUAAACUUGCGAACAGAAAGCGUUCGCUUCGUGAGCAAGUAUUAUUGUCGAACUUCAUGUAUGCCUACUUGAACUUGGUGGACCAUACAUUGCAUUUGGAGCAACGCAUGAGUGAAGAGGAAUCCAAUGCUCUCGACGAGCCUGAGGCUGAUAUGGACCUUUUUAACGAUGAAGACAAAGACACUGAUUUUGAAAGCGAAGAAGAGGCUCUUGACGAUAAUGCUUUCGACACUGUUCGGAUAGAUCUUCGCAACGAUCCAUACAAUGAGAUAACGAAAGAGGAUGCUAGGGGAAGUAUUUCAGAUCUCCAACCUCCAGAACGGAGACCCGUGAAUGGUUAUGCUGAGCAUAUUGCUCAACGUGUGAAAAUGUUUGGCAUUGAUCAAUCAAUAUUGCUGGGUAUUAAAGUAUCAAGUCAAAGUCUUGACACUUUGUGUAAUUUGCAUGAGACAAUGACGAAGUAUACACCAAGGCAAUUUAAGGAUUUAAUUCAUGAGGUUGCACAAGUUUUCGUGCUGUUCGGAGCGUAUAAUGAGCUUGAUUUUAUGGAUGUGUACCGUAUGUGCGUUGCACACUCCUUCUCUGGGAAAGAACUCUUUUACCUUUUGGCCUUGGGUAAUCCAGAUAGUGAUGAUGAGUUAAUCAUAAAGAGUCUCUUUCGGUCCAUGAAUGUGGAUAACUAUGAUUUCAGAGAAAAGCUUUUCAAACUGUGUGGAGAAUCUGCCUGCCCUACUAAUGAAUUGGUGCUUGCAUAUGAAGGUCAAAAUCCUAGCAAGAGGGAGAAAGUUACGGCUUUGAAAAAGGAUUUGAAUUCGGCUACGAGCUUUAUUCCUUCCACUGUUAACCUGCUGGUAAAUCUUGUGAGAACAUGCACGCACUGUAGUAAGCAAGGUCAUACUGAAGACCGUUGUUUCUUAAAGCAUCCUGAGUUGCGAACUGAAGCGAAUAAGAGAAAGAAGAAGGCUCAUUGGGCAGAAAUUAAAAAUAAGAAGCGAGCUAAAGCAAAGAAGGACAAGAGCCAACAAGAAAAGCCUAAGGGAGAAGAAACUGCUAAGUCAUUUCUAGUUAGUCCUCAUCUGUCUAAAUCUAGUGGUCUGAAAAUGUGUUUCAUUUGGGAUUCGGGAAGUCCGAUACAUUUUGUGAGUGAUUUGACCCUUUUGAGUGGUUAUGUUAAAUGUCCGAAGUUCUUUGGUGACUAUGGCACACACCAUUAUUUAGCCCCUGGUUAUGGCCGGGUUACUGGGAGAACUAUUUCUGGUAAAGUAAUCACGAUGGCGAACGUCUAUUACAUACCUGAUGCCUCUGCUAAUGUUAUUUCGGCUUAUCAUGAUUUCGGAUUAUCUGUUUCGAAAUAUAGACUGGAUUUGUUCGAUAGUGAUGGAGUCAAAAUUGGUGAGGGUCGCAGUCCUGGUCAUUAUAUGAUCGAUUUGGAUUGCAAGGUUCAUGACAAUCCCGGAGUGACGCUUUCUCACUCGGAGAUCAAGGCAGCGCAUGAUGACAUGAAAAUUAAUCUAGUCAAUGUGUAUGCAUUAAGGUCCGUGAGGUGGGAGACAAAAGCAACUUAUGCAGAAAAGGAUAUGGAACAUCACAUUCGUGCUGGACAUCCUACAUAUCAACAAUAUCUCGAACUUCAGAAGAAAUUUUCUUUUCUUCCUAAUAUUGAUAAGGACAUCAGAGAACACUGUGAUGCAUGUCAACAGGGUACCAUGGUCAACUUUCGUAAAGAUCGUGAAUCAGAAACCAUUGCUACCCAUCCUUUGGAGUACUUGCAUGCGGACAUUUGUGGUCCUAUAUCACCAGCUGGUUUUGAUGGUCUGAAGUUUUGUUUAGUGGUUGUCGAUAAGUUUACGAGGAUGUAUUAUUGCUCGCCCAUGACUCGUAAGGAAGACACACUUGGCAAUUUUUAUGCUAUACUUAAGAGGUUAGUUGAUGAAUUCCCCGGUGAGAAAUUCAGGCAAGUUCGUGUUGACAACGGUGGAGAGUUUCGUUCUAAAAUGUAUUCGAGAGGACACAAAGAUAUUUUCGAUCAUUUUAACAUCUCCUUGAAAUUUACCACACCUUAUAGUUCACAUCAAAAUGGUCUCGCUGAACGAGCCAUUCGCGCUAUUCUGACGAAAGCUAGAGUUCUUUUACUUCAGAGUGGUUUACCGUUAACAUUCUGGCCUGAAGCGUUUAAGACUGCUGUUUUCACCUUGAAUAACAGCCCGAAAUCCCAGAAUCAUUGGAUUAUUCCUAUGUCAUAUUUAUCCCCAAGAAAAUAUGAACGUUUUGAACUAUGGGAAGCAUCUCCUUUCGGUUGUUUAGGUUACUUUAAAAAGUACAAGGUGAAUGCUGGUAAGAAGGUUGAUCCUCGUGGGGGUAAGUGUAUUUCGCUAGGCCCUGCUUUAAAUCGCAAAGCCACGAGAGUUAUAGUCCUUGAUAAUGAUAAACUUACUGAGCAAAUUGUUGAAACUCAUCAGGUUAAAUUUAUACUGAAGAAGUUUCCAUUCUUGGGUGUCCAUUGGACUGUUGAUCAUGAUUCUAUGAAGAGUCAUAUUAUGAGUGAGAGUCAUCCGAACCAUUUCUGCGGAGAUCCUGAGGAAGAGGAUGAUUCAAUGCUAAGUCCAGAUUAUGUUCCAGUUGACCAAACUGAUGAAAGUGUUGUGUCUAAUCAGCAAGAAAAGUCCACUGAACCGCAUGGUGGUUUUACCUCCUUAAAUAAGACAAGUGAGGAGGAUGUUUCCAACAUGAGUGAUAAGGAUUCCGGAGACAGGCUGGAAGAUGAGUUGUCACAUUCGGUUUUGAAUAACGGUGCACUGCACCCGCAAAGCGAACGAAGUGGGACUGUUGAGCUGCCUAGAGCAGUUCCUGAACAGGAUAAUAUUAACCGACGGGCUACUGAGGAUGAAAGUCAACAUAGUCCUCGUAUGCUGAGUCGUCUUGCUGGGAAGCAUAAACUUAACUAUCGUCAGUUAUCAGGCAAAAGAAACAACAGAGUUCAUUCUUUGAGAGGGGGAGAUAUUAUGAUCUUGUCAGUCACUCCUGGAGAUGAUUACGUUUCCAAAUCACUCGCUCUGUUUGUUGAAGCUUUUGAGAGGAACAAUGUUACAAGAAUUAUGUUUACUAAAGUUCGCUUUGAACCAGAAACCUAUAAGGAAGCUAUCUCAUGCGAUGAAGCUGAUAAGUGGAAAACUGCUAUAGAUUCUGAACUUGAUUCAUUGAGAGAGAAAGAAACAUUUGAGGAAACGACUUUACCUUCAGGUCGUAAGCCGAUUGAGUAUAAGUGGAUAUUUACCAUUAAAGACGGUGGUAGAUAUAAAGCUAGGUUGGUCGCGAAAGGCUUCUCACAAGUGCCAGGUAAGGAUUAUCAAGAAACUUAUUCACCAGUUGCUAAGUAUGAUACUAUUAAAUUGUCUAUUGCUUUGGCAGCUAAUCUUGGUAUGACUGUCCAUCAGAUUGAUGUUAAAACGGCAUUCCUCAAUGGUCCCCUAGGUCUUGAUCUUUAUCUCACUGUACCCGAAGGUCUACAGACAAGUCAGAAUAAGGGCAAAGUCUUAAGGCUUAAACGCGCAUUAUAUGGACUUAAGCAAGCUCCCUUGGUCUGGAAUUUGGAAGUGUCCAAGACAUUAAGGUCUAUUGGACUUGUUCCUUGUGUCCGGGAACCCUGUCUUUAUUAUUUGUAUGAGAGUGGUGUUUUGCUCUUAGUGGCUCUUUAUGUGGAUGAUAUGUUGAUAAUGAGUUCUGAUAUUAAACUUAUUGAAAAGGUUAAGCAAGGUUUGUCUAUGGCAUAUGAGAUUAAGGACCUUGGUCCAGCGAAGAAGUUCUUGGGAAUGAAUGUUAGUCAGUCUGAUUCAGUGAUUACAUUAUCCUUGGAGGAUUACAUUUCUAAGCUUAUUAGUUUGCAUUUGGAUCAGUCUUCUCAACCGUGUGAAACACCUUAUUAUUCAGAGUGGUCAGACUUGUUAUGUCCUUUAGUGACUGAUGAACUUUAUCCCAAUCCCACUAAGUUUCGAGAGAUAAUCGGGAAAUUACUAUUUGCCUGUACGACUGUGAGGUAUGAUAUUUCCUUCAUAACAAUUGCGUUAGCGAGAUUCUCAAGUAAGCCAGCCAUGAAGCAUUAUAAGGCAUGCAUGCGAAUAUUACGGUAUCUCAAAGGAACGUCAGAUUUUGCAAUUCGUUACAGAAAAGUCAGCAAGCCAAAACGUUACGUUGAUAUCAAAAGUUAUAGCGAUGCAGAUUGGGCUAACUGCAAAGAGACAUUUAAGUCUGUGUCAGGUAACAUAUUUUUCAUUGAGGAAUCUCCAGUUAUUUGGAAGUCUAAGAAGCAAACUUCAGUUGCUCUUUCUUCAUUAGAGGCGGAAUAUUAUGCGUUAUGUGAAUGUGUUAGAAGUGCUAACUGGUUAAAGUUUCUACUUACUGAAUUACGUCUUUGGAAUCUACAGCGGUGGAUUAUCACAUAUGUGGACAACCAGGGUUGUAAGGAUGUUUGUGACCAAGAGCAUUUUACUUCUGAUCGUACUAAGCAUUUUAAGAUUCGUCUUAGUUUUGUUAAUGAUGAAGUUAAGAAGGCAAAUGUGAAGGUAUUGAAAGUUCAUACAAAGAACAAUUUUGCUGACCUCAUGACUAAAGGCUUGAAGCAAACUGAUUUUAAAAGACUAAGGAAUACUCAAGAAGAACUGAUACUAUAG